AUGAGGGUCGACUUCCGCGGACUGAAGUGUGCCACCGCGCUCCGUUCAGGAGUUAAGGCUGCGAUGUACGAAAGCAGCUGUUCUUAUGCUGGGGCUCUAGAAUUGAAGCGAAGCGCUCUUAAAGAGGAACCAUGGCCUGCCACAGAAUGGCCACCGUACCGCCUCCAUCAGUCAACCUUCGAGCAACUGAAACAGAGCGUCGAGAAGGCAAAAGCCGCGCUCCAAGACAGAUCUGGACUGCUGGGCACAGCUACAGCGUUCGGUGACUUUUACGGUGGCCAACUUGGUCAGGAUUCGUCCAGCACAACACUUGGAUUCGGAAGGACUACACGGACAGACGAGACGAUGUUGGGGUCUAUCGACAAGAACAAAAUUGGUUCCGAAAAGCUUGGAAGCGGUCUCAGCAAAGGAUAUUCUACACCGACACUCUCUGACACACUUCGCGCCACAAAAUGCACAGGUCAGUCUGAAACACUCAUAGUUAAAACAUACAUUAAUAAGUACAAUUCCAAACAAUGUACAUAA